CCGUUGAUCACAUAGCUACAAAACAGGAUGACCAGGCCGACACUGCUACAAUCGCAGGUCGACUCCUUGCUGACUAUCCUCAACUUGAAUCAGCCAUCCACUUCGGCCGCUCCCGUUCGUCCAGCUUCUCCUGCUGUCGACGAGCAACCAUCCGGACCGUUGAUAUGGAAGGUACUCAUUCUGGAUGAGCAGAGCAAGGAUAUCUUGGCGACGAGUCUGAGAGUACAGGAUCUCAGGGAUCAAGGUGUGACACUGCAUAUGCAAUUGCAUUCGCCGAGACCACCGUUGUCCGACGUGCCGGCAGUGUAUUUCGUUUCGCCAACCUUGGAAAACAUCCGAAGAAUAGCCAAGGACCUUGACCCACCACUUUACUCCUCAUAUCACCUCUCUUUCACCUCUGCGCUUCCUCGAUCUCUACUGGAGGAGCUAGCGUCGCUGAUCCUAGCAAGUGACCCGACUGGCGCUACUGGCCAACUAGUGACUUCCGUCCAUGACCAAUUCCUAGACUUUGUGGUACCUUCACCGAACCUGUUUUCGCUUCUGCAGAGGGAGAAGGGUCGGUCCAGUUAUGUUGUACUCAACGAUCCGAAAGCCGGCGAGGUCGACAUCGAAGCUGAAGUGGAUAGAAUAGCCAAGGGCUUACUGAGCGUGAUCAUCACCAUGGGCGUCGUUCCUAUCAUCCGGUGUCCCAGAGGCAAUGCGGCGGAGAUGGUUGCUCGGCAGUUGGAGAAAAAACUCAGAGAUCACUUGGCAUCCUCUCAACGUAGAGAAGCUGACCUGAUGCAACGACCUCUUCUCGUUAUACUGGACCGGAACGUGGAUCUUAUACCAAUGCUCUCUCAUUCUUGGACAUACCAAGCUCUGGUGCACGAUGUUCUAGAUAUGAAGCUGAACAGGGUGACGGUCGAGUCGCCCGAGAACGGUCGUUUACAGAAAAAAUCUUACGAUAUUGACUCUAAAGACUUUUUCUGGGACAAGAACGCACCGAACCCAUUCCCUCAGGUCGCAGAGGACAUUGACACAGAGUUGGGAAGGUACAAGAGUGACGCUGCAGAGAUCACCAGAUCGACAGGAAUCAGUGAUGUGAAUGACGUGUCCCAAAUCGACUUCUCGUCCAACACAGCCAAUCUCAAAACGGCUAUCACCGCGCUUCCGGAAUUGACGGCACGGAAACAGACUCUUGACACUCACAUGAACAUUGCGACUGCCUUGCUCCAAGCCAUCAAGGAGCGAGGCCUGGACAAUCUGUUCCAGGUCGAGGAGAACGCAUCAAGACAGCCAAAGACGACAGUAGUGGCGACACUGAAGGGUCAAACAGACGAGCCUGGGCAGACAGCGAAGCCAACUCCUGAAGAUCAACUCCGACUAGUCAUCAUCUACUACCUAUCUCUCGCCACACUGUCCAAAGAGGAUCUUGCCGAGCUUACGAGCAUUCUGAAAGAGCAUGGAGCCAACACUGCGGCACUAGAAUACGUUAAAAAGGUCAGAGAAGUGACCAGAAUGACCAUGAUGGCGAGUCAGCCGGUCGCCCCGCCAACCCAGGGCAGAGAGUGGACCAAGGGUCUGAGCUCGCUCGGUAGCUCGAUCACUGACCGUCUUCGCGAAGGAGGCAUCUCGGGAGUCGGCUUUGACAAUCUCAUUUCUGGAGUCAAAAACUUCUUGCCAGCCAGGAAGGAGCUGACCGUUACACGGCUCGUUGAAGCCCUCAUGGAGCCCUCGACUGCCGCAGCCCAGGCUUUGCAGGAUACAGACGACUAUCUGAUGUUCGACCCAAAAGCGACAAGGUCAAGAGCGCCCCAGGGGAGAACUAGAUCGCAAUAUGGCGAAGCGAUAGUCUUCGUCGUUGGAGGUGGCGGAUAUGUCGAAUAUGGCAACUUGAUAGAAUGGGCUAAUAGGAGCUCUAAAGAGGGAGGAGGCGGAGGCAAGAGGAUCACAUAUGGAAGUACAGAGAUCAUGAACCCAAAGUCAUUUGUAGAGGCUUUAGGUGAGCUUGGUCAAGCAUAGAUAGAUGUAUGGGGGGAUGUAUGAGGUGCAACGAGGG